AUGUCAUCAAAGCUUGUCGCUUGGGACCGCCUCGUACGCUACAUCCCUGAGAACAGCACAGGUGAAAUUCGAUAUGGGGAGCCGAUCCUUCAAAGUCCAGAUGCAGAUGUGGCAAGUCUUGCAAACAGUGGAAAGCUACAAGUUCAAAUAUUGGAAGGUCCCGACCCUCUGAGUGCUGUUCCAACCGGCCGGAUUCACACAGUGAAGGAGCUGCUGGGUCCAUUGGAGCCUAAGGACGUGCCUAUAAUUCGGUGCAUUGGGCUCAACUAUAAAACACACAUUCUCGAGACUGGACGACCCCUUCCCGAAAACCCAACGGUGUUCACCAAGCCCGCACCUGCGGUGGCCGACCAUGGGGAAGACAUUCCGAUUCCACGAAUAGCUCAGGACGAGUGUGAUUACGAAGGCGAGCUGGUCGUUCUCAUUGGUAGAUCCGGAAGGGACAUCACAGAGGGAGAUGCUCUGGAAUAUGUCGCCGCAUACACCGCUGGAAACGACGUGUCCGCUCGAGACUGGCAACGUCAAGCAGCAAAGGCAGGGCCAGUCCCUCAAUGGACGUUUAGCAAAUCCUUCGACAAGUAUGCUCCGCUCGGGCCGUGCUUAGUUGCCUCGCAUGUGCUGGGAGAGGCCGAUAAUUUGUCAUUGAAGACGCUCGUCAACGGUGAGCACCGCCGCCGCCUGAUUCAGAAGCACAAUUAUUAUUAUAUUGGUAUUGAAUAUCCUCAAUUGUUUAAAAUCAGCACUUCUGCGGUCACCCAGAGCACCAUGGAAUCUCUCGACAGCGUAUUCGAGACAGCAUGUGCCGAUGGUAGUAUACCCGGUGUUGUGCUCGCCGCGGCCAGUAGGAAUGGAAAGUUUACUUACACCAAAGGGUUCGGUCUGCGAUCACUGCAAGGGGGCGAACGGGCUGCCUGCUCGCCCGAUACGGUGAUGUUGCUCUUCAGUGGCUCCAAGCUUGUCACCACUGUUGCCGCCUUGCAGCUGGUGGAGAAGGGUCUGAUCAGUCUCGACAGCGACGUAGGGGAUGUUCUCCCAGAGCUUGCCCAGCUUCAGGUCCUGCAGGAGAUGAAAGACGGAAAACCUGGUUUUGUGAAAAGAAAUGGACCAAUCACCCUACGCCAACUCCUAAGUCAUUCCUCUGGCGUCGUCUACCCCUUUAUGUCGCCGCUCUUGCGAGAAUACAACCAAGCUAUGGGUCUACCUAUCUUGGCUGCCGCGAAGACAGUAGUAGAGACCUUUAAUUCUCCUCUUGAAUUCCAGCCGGGGACUUCAUGGAAUUACGGUACGGGCAUCGACUGGGCUGGUCUGCUGGUUGCCCGGAUUGCCAAUAUUGAUCUGGAAACCUAUUUCCAAGAGAAUAUAUUCAAACCACUUGGGAUCUCUGAUGCCACCUUUUGGCCGGAUCGACACCCAGAGAUCAAGGCUCGCCUCGCAGCCAUGUCGAUUCGAGACCCUUCGGUGCCUGAUGGCGCUGGAAGAGCGAUUGCCUUCGAAGGGGCCAAUAGACAUGCGGUUGCUUUGGAAGAGUUGGGAGGUCAGGGGCUCUAUACUUCUGCGCCGUCGUUUCUGAAGAUUCUACGAAGCUUGCUUGAUGAUGACGAGGUCCUCUUGAGCAAGUCGACCAGUGCUAUGAUGUUCGAGCCACAUCUGAGCGCAAAGAGCCAGGAGGCACUCCAAGCCGUGUAUCGAGCAGAACCUAAAACAGGUCCAUGUGCCAUUGGAACGUUUCCACCCAAUGUCCACUACGAUUGGGGUCUGGGAGGCGUCUUGACCAUGCAAGACGUCAACGAGACGGAAAUUUCUUGGAGGAAGAAGGGUUAUCUCAACUGGAGUGGCGUGCCAAACUUCUUCUGGUUCAUAGACAGGAAGGCCGGCGUUUGCGGCGUAUUCGGCGCGCAGUUGAUGCCUGGAGGAGAUGCUCGGGCCCGGAAACUAAUCACACUGUUCGAAAAGGCAGUGUUUGAGAAUGGUGCUUCUUAA